AUGCUUGUCAAGAGUCUCGUCGCUGCCGCCGCGCUCGCAGGCGCAGUCUCUGCCGCCCCUCUCCCUGCACCCGACAAGGCUCAACCCUCUUCGGGAGGAGGCUACGGCCACUGGCCGUCAAACGAAGACUCGCCUGCCGCUCAGCCAUUCUCCGGCGGUGGCUACGGUCAUUGGCCUGACAAUGGCUCCUCCGACCCCGCGACACCUUCAUCGGGGCCAUCGUCGGGAGGCGGGUACGGUCAUUGGCCUUCCGAUGGCAGUUUGUCCGGAACUGAGCCCUCCUCCGGCGGCGGCUACGGCCAUUGGCCAUCCGACGAGGGAUCCUCUGGCGCGGAACCUUCGUCGGGCGGAGGCUAUGGCCACUGGCCUUCAGAUGAGGGUUCUUCUGGCGCCCAGCCUUCUUCCGGAGGCGGGUACGGUCAUUGGCCGUCCAACGACACCGCUCCUGGUGCCCAACCUUCAUCGGGUGGCGGUUACGGUCAUUGGCCGUCGAACGAUACGACUUCUGCCGCAGCUCAGCCGUCGUCGGGCGGAGGAUACGGUCACUGGCCGAACACCUCUUCGGACGCGCAAACCUCGACGGUAGGAGCCUUCGCUACUCGUCCUGCCGCUACCAGCACCAACGCAACGCAGCAGGCGGCACAGACUGGGCAACCCGCUCCUGGCAGCGCUGGCAAGGCAGGUCUUUCGGUAGUCGCUCUCGCCGCGGUCGGUCUCACCACGAUCCUUGUCUGA